AGUCUGAGCUCGUGCGUGUGCUUAAGUGUGAGUAUGCGCGCGGGAAGCCGUCUGAUACCGCCCUGUCACUAGUGGAGGAUCAUAACGGGACGAUCAGAGAGAGAGAGGAGGGGGGGCGGUGCGGCAGAGGCAUCAGAGGAGACUGGCUGGGAUGCUGAGCCCCCGCUGGGGCUGACCACACAGCUACGAUGCAGUGACGGUCUGCGAGAAGAAGACACGCGCCCUGGGAGAGGAGGAUGGGGGGAUCAGAGCUGCACACCAAAGCGCACGGGUGAUGAUCUGCUGGGUGUAGACCAUGGCACCGUCUGGUCCGCGGAGCGUCAAACGCGGCUGUCAGAGAGCUCUCUACUGGAUCCCAGUCCUCUUCAUCGCUCUCAUAGUGGCGUGGUCCUACUACGCCUAUGUCCUGCAGCUUUGCAUCGAAUCCAUCGAGGACACGGGAGAAAAGGUUGUUUACCUGCUGGCCUACCAUGUCAUUUUCUUCAUGUUCGUGUGGGCGUACUGGCAGACCAUCUUCACCAAGCCUAUGAACCCCCUGAAGGAGUUUGAGCUGUCUCACUCUGACAAGGAGCUGCUGGAGCGUGAAGACCGUGGAGAGUCCCAGCAGGAGAUCCUGAGGAGAAUAGCCAAGGACCUGCCCAUCUACACCCGCACCAACUCUGGAGCAAUUCGUUUCUGUGACCGCUGCCAGCUGCUGAAGCCUGAUCGAUGUCACCAUUGUUCAGUCUGUGAUAAAUGCAUCCUGAAGAUGGAUCACCACUGCCCCUGGGUAAACAACUGUGUGGGAUUCUCUAACUACAAGUUCUUCAUGCUGUUCCUGGCAUAUUCUCUACUAUACUGCCUUUUUAUAACUGCUACAGAUCUCAAGUACUUUAUCAAGUUCUGGACAGCUGGAGGUAGAGCACAUUUCCGUCUGAGAGAGUAUCUGAAAGGCCUCCCGGACACUCAGGCGAAGUUCCACAUCCUGUUCCUCUUCUUCUCAGCCUCCAUGUUUUCCGUCAGCCUGGCCUCCCUUUUCAUUUAUCACUGCUGGCUCGUCUGCAAGAACAGAUCCACUCUGGAGGCGGUGCGUGCUCCGGUCUUCCGUCAUGGUCCGGACAAAAACGGCUUUAGUCUCGGCUUUACCAAGAACUUCCUCCAGGUCUUUGGUGACGAAGCCAAAUACUGGCCUGUUCCCAUUUUCUCCAGUUUAGGGGAUGGCUGCUCGUUUCCAACCUGCCUGGUGAAUCUGGACCCUGAGCAGCCCUCAUCGCCUGCUGGAUCCAGCUCUGCCAACAAGAGUGCAGCAGAGGGCCGCCAGUUCCCCUCUAAGCCCCUCAGAGAGAGUCAGAGCAGACUGCUCACCAGCACCCCCUCCUGGUCAGAAAGUGAAGGUGCAAGAGACAAAGACAAGAUGGGUGCCAGUAACCCAGUGAUGACUGUUGAAAAUGAGGCGUAAUGAUGAUUCCUGCUGACAGGUUCCGACCACAAAUGUCUAUGCUGCCCUCCUCUGUGUUUGUGCCUAUCCCACCGUGCGUGUUGGUGACAGCUUUGUCGUUUGCCAUCAUGCAACCUGCACUGAGUUUAACACGACUCGACCGACAAAAGCCAGGAAAUACCAGAUGAGCCACCACGUCUGCUGCUCUCUCUGAAAGUCUCUGCAUUCCAGUCAUCUGUGUUUCUUUGGAUGCAAAUAAGCGCCGAGCUGCAGUCAGAGAGGAUGGCAUUUUGUUUUUCUAACUGUGUCGUCAGCUGCUCUCCCUGUUGCAGCACAUUCAGAAACUACCUGCUGGUUACUUUGAUUCUUUGGCACAUGAAGAAAUGCUAAAUAUAGACGAGCAGAGACAUAUCAAGAUAUUCCCUCCUCUUGUAAUGUUCAUUUUUUUAGAUUUCACAUGCAUCAUGGUGAGUAUUGUGAAAGAGUUGCAUGCUCUCAUCUCAGGAUGUCAAUGCAGACAUGAAAUGAAAAAGAAAACAAUGUAGUGAUUAGUAAUUACAUUUAAAAAGGGCUCUUCUGACUGAGAGGCAUGAGUGAGGAUGUUACUGCUAAGCCUGGAGUCCACUGUUUCUGACUGUUUCUCCCUGAAGGCUUCUGCAGCAGACGAGAUCCGCCAUCGGAAAGCAGAAACCGUUUGAAGUUUUUGGUUGUUUUUUUUUCUAAAUGUGGCUGACUUACAGAAAAAAAAAAGUCUUGUACAGUCCUUUCAGGCUGGAAAAGACUUAAAGAUCCAAUUGUACUAAACAGUGCUGUUAAGAAUGUACACUUUUAAAAUCUUCAUCAUGACAUAUUUUUCUAUCUUUCCUGUCUGUAAGAUGAAUUGGAUGUGUGAGGCAAGCUGUGAUGCCUUAUAAGAAUAAAGUGAGCUCAUCCUCCGUCUCGGCCUUUUCUCAAUAAAAGCACAAAUGUUCCAUUAA